AUGUCACCAACAGCAACAUCUGCCGUAGACGAUACUCAAGCGUCGCAAAAGCCCAAGCCCCUCAAGACGCCUGAAAGGCCGCUGCAUCACAUUCCUUGGCCGGAAACUCCGCUAGAGCAGAGAAAAUGGCAGCUGGAACAGAUGGCCGGUGCAUUCCGCAUCUUUGCAAAACUCGGUUUUGCGGACGGUGCUAGCGGGCAUAUCAGUUUACGAGAUCCCAUCCAACCAGAGACAUUCUGGAUCAAUCCGUAUGGCGUCCAUUUUGGUGUGCUCACAGUUUCGGAUAUGGUGCACAUCGACCGCGAAGGUAAUCGAAUCGGAGGCGCUGACGCAAGCGUGAAUCGCGCAGGCUUCAUUAUCCAUCGAGCAAUUCACGAGGCACGUCCGGACCUGCACGCGGCGUGCCACAUGCACAGCCCUUAUGGCAGAGCGUGGAGCACAUUUGGGCGCGGUAUCGACAUGCUCAACCAGGAUAGUUGCAUGUUCUACGAAGACCUCUCCGUCUACGCGGGCUUUGGCGGCGUUGUGCUAGCCCCGGAAGAAGGCGUCAACAUUGCACGCGCUUUAGGGCCACGGAAAAAGAAUAUCAUCCUGCAGAACCAUGGAAUCCUCACUUGCGGGGGCUCCAUAGCGGAGGCUGCGGCCUUUUUCAUCGCACUCGAGCGUGCCUGCCAUACCCAGCUGUUGGUCGAAUCGUCGACGGCCCCGACCAACGUCGGCGGUGCUGUCUCGGGCCUGUCCAAGACCUUGGUCUCCCAUGAGGAGGCCGAAUACACCAAGAAGGGUACGGGUACGCCUGAGGUCAUGUACAUGCAAUUUGCGCCUGAGUAUCAACUCAUCUUGAAGGAGACAAAAGGCGAUUUUCUUUGA